UAGGAGGCUGAGCUGCAGCAUGACCUGUAGAAGUUUGUGUAUACCAAUUGUUCUUGCUUUAGCAUACCAUAUGGCGAAUGGUGGAUCAAGCCCAUUCAAUGAUGUAGAAUCAGAAUCUACAACUCCGGAAAGCAUGUAUCAAUACGAAACUGGAAGUUCAGUAGAGUCAAAUAAUUAUUCAACAAUACCGUUCUCUGAAACUAUUACGACUGAAGUUAAUGAUGGAAGCUCAGGAGGCAAUAUGACUGACAACAUUGGGGACAUAGUUGACAGAAAAGAAAAUAAUGGAAACAUUUCUAUUGAAGAAUCGGAUACGACUGAAGAUACAAGUCGUAUAUCUGUCAAAAUACUUAUCGGACAGUAUGAUAGGUUAUCUGUACUUGAUCUCGCCACGAAAAAACUUCUUCCACCCCUCAGGGACGAAGAAUAUGUUCAAUUCAGGAGCAUCGACUACUUAUACAAUGAAAGCCUAAUUUUCUACUCGGCUAACAGCAGUAUUAUGAGAGCUACAUUAGAUGAAGAUUUCCGACUAACCGAGGAUAUAGUGAUAGUAAACAACACAGUUAAUGUAAGCUUAGCCGUAGACUGGGUCAACAAAGAGCUUUACUGGAUAGAAGAAAAUUACCAGCGGCUCAUGAAAUCCGAUCUAGAAGGUGGAAAUCAAAAGAUUGUGGUGCAAAACUCGACAGCGUAUAGCUUCAAUUUUCCCAAUAACAUUGUCGUGGACCCGUGUAAAGGCCUCGUAUUCUUUGUGAGUAACCACGCAGUUUACAAAAUUGUGUCAAACAAUGGAGACAUAAAACAGGUUGAAGUAGAUGGGAAUGAAGCUGGAGUUAGGGAAAGAGGUGUAAGAACGAUAGCACUUGACAGAACUAAUGAAUGUAUUUAUAUCUCUGGGGAAGAUUUAGAAGAGGCAGUCAACACUCAUUACUUAGCAAGAGUCUCCUAUGAUGGUAGUGACAUUAAAGAAUUUCCAAUGAAGGGCAUGGGUGAUAUCUUCAGCAUGGAUGUGUUUGAUGGUACAUUAUAUUUAGCUGACUAUGAAUCCGGAGUUGGAGAACACCUGUUGUCAGUUAGUACGACUAUAUCUGAUAAACUUUCCACCACAAAACUGUUCGUACCAUGGAGAUAUUACCAGAGCAUUUAUAACGUGAAGAUAUACGGGCCGAGGAUUCAGACCUGUAGAACUGACUAAAAGUAGCAUUUUUGCUGUUAUUGAACCAUUAUUUACCAAUUUAUAAAUUUGUUGACUAUUUACU